UCCGUGACCACACGACCGACCAGCAUGAACGAUGUUCCCGUUAUGCUUCACCACAAACACUUGAAGUUGGGAAUUUGCAUGAUGCCGGGUCAAAGGGGCAAACAAACACACCCACAAAAUAUUCAACCGUGCACCCUCUAGAAACCGACCUCUUUACGCAACUCCAACCAUGACAUGGACAAAUUCCAUCGCUUCUUCCCUUCGUCGCGAGAUGCGAGCACAGAACCGGUGGCUGUCUUCUAAUGGAACAGCGGCAAACUCCUCUGUUGCUCCUGUUCAACAAAUCCAACCAAAGCAGUCAUCAUCACUUGGCUACAAUUGGGGAAUUCAAAGUCUGGAGCACACACAUGCAUGCACGAUGUUGUAUUCUGAUUGAUAGUGAGAUGGUGGAUGAUUGUUGCGAAAUGGCGCCGAUUUUGCUUAGACAGACGCCGUUUCCUGUCAUGUCAUGGCAUGUCAUUGUCAUCGAAUGAUCGGGUCAUCAGGUUAUGGGAGCACGAGAUUGCAGAGGAGAACCUAAGAGUAGGAAGCACGCAACCUGGUCAACAGACUAGUCCACUUAAUACAAUUACCUGGAACCUGCAGCUUUGU